AUGAAAGAAAGCGAAUUCAUACCGAAAUCAAAUUAUCAACAGUGGAAUCAAAUUUUUUCAUACAAUACAAUACUAAAUGAUUCAUUAUCAACAGAUUAUUACAACGAUUCCAUUAAUAUUGAUUCUAAUAAAAAAAAUAGUAAUCAAGCUGUAUCGCUAUCUGCUGCUGGUAUUAGAGCCUUUAUUUAUCAACUCCAAGCAUUAUACUUAAGAACUCCAGUAAAAUUAUUUCGACCUUCAAGAUUCGAUUAUUUAGCAUAUGUAAAAGCAAUUGCUGAUAAAAAUGAUAAUUUACUGGAAAAACCAUAUAGAUUCAGAACUCAUUCAACUAUAGGUAUGAUGAUAAAUGUUUUAAAGAAAGAAGGUUGGAAAUUUAUACCUGAUCAAGUUUUACCUCCAUUAAUUGCAAAUUCAGCAACUGGAAUCGUAUUAUAUACUACUUAUUUAACAGUUUUAGAUCACUAUAAUAAACAAAGAGAAAAAUUAACAGAAAGACAAAUAAAUUAUAAUUGGUAUUCUCCAAUUGAUACUUGGAGAGCGGGGUUUGUAGCUGGUGCAACUCAAUCAUUAGCUGCAGCUCCAGUAGAUGCAAUAUAUACAAGACUGUCAGUAUCUGAAAUGUUGGAAGGUUCUCAUCAAAAUCUUUGGGUAUUUGGUUGCAAUAAAUUAAAAGAAAUUGGUUUAAUUGGAGUUUUCGCUGGAUAUGGAUUUUCAUUAAUUAAAGAAAGUUUAGGAUUUGCAUUUUAUUUUUCAACCUUUGAAACUAUUAAAACUAGAGGUUAUUAUAUAACUUCAAGAAUGAUUUCUUAUUAUAGACAAAGUGAAGAAAAGAUUAAACAUUAUUUACAAAAAACUUUUAAAUGGAAUGAAAAACAAGUUGAUCAAAAAUUGGAAAAAUUGGAAAGAUAUAAACUGGAGAAAAUUUUAAAAUCUUCAUUUAUUUUAGUUGCUGGAGCUAGUGCUGCAUUUGCAUUAUUAGCUAUACAAUAUCCAAUAACAAAAGUUCAAAAAAUUCAUUUAUCAAGAUUAGAAGCAUUAGAUAUAUAUAAUGCUUCAAAAACUAAUGAUAAACCAUUUAUUAAAUUAUAUUACAAUUCAUAUUUAGAUACUUUCAAACAAGUUUAUAGAAUGAAAACUAGAGCAAAAGUUACAUGGUUUGAAGCUGCUUAUAGUGGAUUUGUAAAAAAUGCUUUAAGUACUAUUCCUGCUACUUCAGUUGCUUUAUUAGUAUUUGAAAUGAUGAGAACUAAAUUAUCUGAUGAUUUUGAUAUGAGUGAUAGAUUGGAAGCCUAA